AUGAUUUUCAUCUGGGCUUUGUUAGCCUCUGCAGUUUCCGGCUUUUUCUUCGACUUUAACCAUGGGACACACCAGCAACAGGCGCAGAAUCCACCAGUUGAGUACGAGGACCAAUUUCUCAACAAUGCGUGCACAGAUUAUCUGUGUCCCGAUACGCUCGCAUGUGUCAAGUCUGCAGGCGAUUGUCCUUGUCCGUUUCCAAAAUCGCAAUUGCGAUGUGUCCUUCCAGAUGGACAGUACAUGUGUAUCUCCAAGCCAGCAACGCAGGACGCUGCAUUGAACGCAGUAUACGACGAUCCCGCCAAGGGCCCCAAGGCCAAAUACAAGGGCCUCAGGGACUGUGGGUGGGUUGAGGCGGCCUUCAAAGGUUAG